GGCAAAAAGCCACGCUGAUCCACACCUGGUGGUGCUACAGCACGCUGAUCCAUGCCAGUGGGCACCAACCCACGCUGAUCCAAGCCAGGUGGCACCAAGCCACGCUGAUCCACACCUGGUGGCGCUACAGCAUGCUGAUCCACACCUGAUGGCGCUGCAGCACGCCGAUCCACGCCAGGUGGCACCAAGCCACGCUGAUCCACACCUGUUGGUGCUACAGCAUGCUGAUCCAUGCCAGUGGGCACCAACCCACGCUGAUCCACGCCAGGUGGCACCAAGCCACGCUGAUCCACACCUGUUGGCGCUAUAGCACGCUGAUCCACACCAGAUGGCACCAGGCCACGCUGAUCCACACCUGGUGGCGCUGCAGCAUGCUGAUCCACGCCAGGAGGCACCAAGCCAUGCUGAUGUACGCCAGGUGGCACUAAGCCACGCUGAUCUACACUUGGUGGUGCUAGAGCAUGCUGAUCCACACCACGUGGCACUAAGCCACGCUGAUCCACACCUGGUGGCGCUGCAGCAUGCUGAUCCACGCCAGGGGGCACCAAGCCACGCUGAUCCACACCUGGUGGUGCUGCAGCACGCUGAUCCACGCCAGGAGGCACCAAGCCACGCUGAUCCACACCUGGUGGCACUACAGCAAGCUGAUCUAUGCCAGUGGGCACCAACCCAUGCUGAUCCACGCCAGGGGGCACCAAGCCACGCUGAUCCACACCUGGUGGCGCUACAGCACGCUGAUCUACACCAGUGGGCACCAACCCACGCUGAUCCACAACAGGUGGCAACAAGUUAUGCUGAUCCACGCCAGGUGGCACAAAGCCACGCUGGUCCACACCUGGUGGUGCUACAGCACCCUGAUCUAUGCCAGGAGGUACCAAGCUACGCUGAUCCACGCCAGUGGGCACCAACCCACGCUGAUCCACACCUGGUGGCACCAAGCCACGCUGAUCCUUGCCAGGGGGCACCAAUCCACGCUGAUCCAUGCCAGGUGGUACCAAGCCACGCUGAUCCACAGCUGCUGGUGCUUCAGCACGCUGAUCCACUCCAGGGGGCACUAAGCCAUGCUGAUCCACGCCACGUGGCACCAAGCCACGCUGAUCCACACCUGGUGGCACUACAGCACGCUGAUCCAUGCCAGUGGGCACCAACCCACGCUGAUCCACGCCAGGUGGCACCAAGCCACGCUGAUCCACACCUACUGGCACUACAGCCUGCUGAUCCAUGCCUGGGGGCACCAAGCCACGCUGAUCCACACGUGCUGGUGCUACAGCACGCUGAUCCAUGCCAGGGGGCACCAACCCACUCUUAUCCACACCACGUGGCACCAAGCCACGCUGAUCCAUACCUGGUGGCUCUACAGCACGCUGAUCCACGCCAGUGGGCACCAACCCGUGCUGACCCAUGUCAGGUGGCACCAAGCCACGCUGAUCCACACCUGGUGGCGCUACAGCACGCUGAUCCACUCCAUGGGGCACCAACCCACUCUGAUCCACUCCAGAGGCCACCAACCCACGCUGAUCCAUACCCGGUAGCACUACAGCACGCUGCUCCAUGCCAUGGGGCACCAGGCCACGCUGAUCCUCUCCAGUUAGCAUCAAGCCACGCUGAUCCACACCAGGUUGUACCAAGCCAAGCUGAUCCACACCUGGUGGCACUACAGCACGCUUAUCCACACCAGUUGGUACCACGCCAUGCUGAUCCACACCCGAUGGUACUACAGCACGCUGACCCAUCCCAGGGGGCACUAAUCCACGCUGAUCCACACCAGGUGGCAUGAAACCACGCUGACCCAUACCCGGUGGUACGACAGCACGUUGAUACAUGCCAGGGGGCACCAAGCCACGCUGAUCCACACCUGGAGGUACUACAGCACGACGAUCCACACCACGUGGCACUAAGCCACGCUGAUCCACGCCACGUGGCACCAAGCCACGCCGAUCCAUGCCAGGGGGCACCAACCCACGCUGAUCCAUGAGAUGUGGUACUACAGCACGCUGAUCCGCUCCACGUGGCACCAAGCCACGCUGAUCCAUGCCAGGGGGCACGAACCCACGCUGAUCCAUGACAGGUGGUACUACAGCACGCUGAUCCACACCAUGUGGCACCAAGCCACGCUGAUCUAUGCCAGGGGACAUCAACCCAUGCUGAUCCACACCACGUGUCACAAAACCAUACUGAUCCAUGCCAGGGUACACCAACCCAUGCUGAUCCACACCAGAUGGUACUAUAGCACCCUGAUCCAGGCCAGAGGGCAUCAUAGCAUGCUGAUCCAUGCCAGGGGGCUCUAAGCCACGUUGAUCCAUGCCAGUUGUUACCACAGCACCCUGAUCCAUGCCAGGGGACAUCAAACCACGCUGAUCCACACCAGCUGGCACCAGGCCAUGUUGAUCUUUGUCAGGAGAUACUACUACAGUACCCUGAUCCACACUGGGUGGUACUACAGCACCAUGAUCCACACCAGGUGGCACAAAGCCAUGCUGAUCCAUGCCAGGUGGUGCCAUGCCAUGAUGAUACAUGCCAGGUGGUAUAGCAGCACCCUGAUCCACACCAGGUGGCACCAUGCCACGCUGAUACACACCAGGGGGCACCAUGCCA